CGACUGUACCACCCCGCACUCUUCUCUUCUGUAUCACUCUUAUAAUAUCAUCACCCAACGUCACUCAUGACCGCCGUAAUGGACACCAACUCUCCUCCCAUCCCACCCAAAUCCCCAUCCAGCUCCCAGCUCAUGAGCCCCGUCGAGCAACUCGAGCGCCUCCUCUCCCCCGGCGGCCGCUCCACCACCGGCGGCAGCAAAUCACGCAUCCGCAAUCGCGAGCACGGCGAGCCGCUGCCGACCGCACGCGACCUUGCGCGCCUGCUCUCGCUCGAAGAGCGCGCGUGCCAGGACCUGCGCGAGCAGGUGCUGUCGCUCACCGAGCAGCUGCAGGGCGAGACGCGCCGCGCGGACGACGCGGAGCGGCGUGUCGUCGAGACCGUUGUGCGCUUCAAGGAGGCGGCGGAUGCGCGUGUGGCGGCGCAGCAGGAGGGCGCGACGGUGCGCGAGGAGCUGGAGCUGUAUAAAGAUGCGCUGGAGCGCGCGCAGAAGGAGAUUUUUAGGGCGCAGGAGGUGCUUAAUACGCUCGAGGGGAGGGCGCGGGACGCGGAGGAGGAGUGUGCCAGGUAUCGGAGAAGAGUAAGGAAGAUGACGGAGGAGAGGAUGGUCGAGAUGGCGAGGGAGGAGGGGAGGAAGCAGGGGAUAAAGGAGGGGAUGCGGCUGGGCUUGGGCAAGGAUAUUCUUGUGCAUGAGCGCUCUAGACGACCUCCUGCGCGUACGAGGGACUCUGGUUCGUCGGGGACCCCGACGCCGACAGACAGCAUCGCGGGCGACUCUAUCAUGUCUGUGCCUUCACCCAUAUCGCCGCAACAGCCCAUGCCCGCAUCACAUCCGCCCCCGCCUGCACCAGAACCGGUCCUCAACACCCUCUCGUCGUCUUCAAUGGAGGACCUGCACCGCGGACGCACGGCCACGCCAUCUGGUGGCGCGCGGACGCGGAGCCGCAGCCCGUUAUACUCGCCGCGGCAGUCCAACGGCUCGAACCCACAGGUGAACAUCCUCGACGGGUUCAUCCCCUCGAUCGACGCAGACCACCACAUCCGCCUUCCACCCCCACACGAGCUCGGGCGUCCACCGCCGAGCCCCGAAAGCGCGGCGUACACGCCUCUGCGGCCUGCGUCGCCCGCAUCGUCUGCAGGACGCACGCCGCCGCCGAAUACGGGGACGCCGGAGCAUAUUCUGUAUGUACCCGAGCCGCGCUCGGACGACUCGAGAGCGCGGCAGAGGAGAGUUGGGAGACGGUCGUCGCGGGAGAGCGUGGGGUCGUCGACGAAGACGAGCGAGCUCGAGCUGCUUAAUGCGCCGCCCGAGUACGCUGGCCAGCAGCAACAGCAGUAUCAGUAUACGGCGCCGCCACCGCCGUCAGCAGCUGCGCGUGCGCAUGCGCAGCGCGAGAGCGGGCUGAGUGUUAUUCCGGAGGUGCAGAGUUCGCAGGGGACACCGGCGAGUGGGUUCGGGAUGAACGUUGCGGUGGAUAGUCCUCCGAACUCGCAGAAGGCGUACCAGGCAUAUGUAACGGAGCAGUCUGACUCGUCGUCGGGCUCGCUGAAGGUGCCGCAGUCGUCGGCGGGGCGCAUGAGCGCCUCGUCAUAUGGGUCGUAUAAUAUUACUGUUCAGCCACCGUCGCGCCCCGGCUCCUCCAUCUCCCAAAAAUCAGCCAACGGCCACCCAAACACCCUCCGGCGCACGCCCUCCCAGCCAUCCAGCAUGCUCAGCCCCGCAGACGCCAACCGCCCCACGCCCCUGCCCAACCCGUACGAAGCGCCGGAGCUGUCCCCGCUGCCGGGCAACAUCCCGCUGAACGGCCUCGGGUCCAACGACACCAUGAGCGCGGGCGAGGACAGCGGCCCGGGGCUGCCGCUGGGCUUCGUGCCCACCGGGCCGCCCGAAUCUGGCGGCCAGGGAGGCGACGAGACAGCUCAUGCUGUGCCUGUGCCUCCUCCCGCGACGGACGGUCUGGGCGGGGGACAGGCGGGCCCGCUGCCGGUGCCGCCGCAGCCGGCGCCGUAUACGCCUAAUGGGUUCAGUAUCUAUCAUAACCCGGAUUCGCCGAGCAGAGGGGAACAGCCGGCGGUGAUUCCGCCGCCGUUGCGGUAUGCGGUGUCGAGCGAGGAGGACACGUCUGGGUCGAGCGGGAACUCGUCCCCCGCCUCGCCUAGGUCCUCGUCCUCGUCCUCGUCCUCGUCUUCGGGGGGCGGGUCGCCGAGAAGGUACAAGACGGGGUCGGUGCGCUCGAGCAGGACACGGUAUACGGCUGCGGGUGUGCCGCUGCCUAGUACCCCGCGCACGGCGUAUACGGCGUACACGGGCGCGGGGGUGGCGUUGCCUGCGAGUACGGUCGGCGGGGCGACGCCGCGCUCGGUGUAUACGGCUGCGGGGGUGGCGUUGCCGCCGAGCACGGUUGGCGUUGGGGCGGCGACGCCGAGGACGGGGGUGUCGGGGCGGCGGUCGGCGGUGGGUGCGUGAGGAGGAAGAGGUGAUGGGAGGGCGCUGAUUGGGUGGGAGUGCGUGCGCCGUGACUGCUGCCGGGGUUGAUCGAGGCGUUGUACGGAGGAAGAAGAAGCGGUUCUGAUUUCUCGGGGCGGAAGCAGCCGUCGUGUUAUAGAGCGCGGAUGCGAUUGGUCAAGGGGAAAGUGACCGGAGGGCCCUCGAGAUGGAGGUCGGAGACGGGGAUGUGGAUGCAGAUGCAGAUGGGAACGAGGACUGUGAUGAUCAGGCUCGGGCUAUGAUGAUGUAUUCAUGAUUUCUAUGUUUUAUGAUGACUACUGUAUUACUUAUGGAUUAUUGUAUUAUAUCGAAGCAUGUGAACCUAGGAUUGGGCGUGG